CCAAGGAAAAUCAUAGAAAAUAAGUAGUAAGCAGUAGUCAAACGAAGCAACAUCGACCCGACAAGAAACGCUUCGUAUAUAGUGGAACGAGUCCGAUCUAGCACAGCACAUACGUUGCCAAUAGCAGGAAAAGAAUGGCGACUUCUUGUAGCGAAACUAGCGCGACGAGACGGAGGUCUAGGAAGCGAAGACGGUAUUUCUGCGGCAACCACACAACAACGGAUACAAUAACGAGGCCCCGUUCUUCUUCUGCUCGUUCGUUCAUGAUGGUAUUUUUGAUGGCGGCUUGCGCCGCAAUGGUUCAGGGUGACUCACGAACACUUAGACAUCGCCGGUUGAACCAACAGAAGAAUACGCAUGCUAUUCUAGAUCCAACUACCAAUAGAUCAAUAUUAGCACCGGGGAUCAAAGAGGAACAAUAUCCACAACGGGCACUGCACGAAUUCGGCAACAAAGGGGGAAACGAGGUACAUUAUGGGAUCGGGCAACAGCAUCCCUCCAGGGAACGAAUAACGGAAGCUCCGUUGACUCCUCCUAGAGUCGCUACGAAGACUGUACGAAAGUCAGGUGCUAAGAGAACCGAGAACAAAAGUAACAACACUGUCGAGAGCGACAACGAUUCUGGUUUGGACAAUGACGACGACGGUGGUGGUCCAUUGACGGUACACACCUUUACGAAACAGAAAGGUGCUUCCCACAACUACGGAAUUGGAAACGAUCUGAACAAGCAGCAAGUCUUCACCGGAUUCAAUCGUCAAGAAUACAAAUCUCUACCGAGAACCAGAGACGAACCCCCCGAUUUUGACGUGAUGAACGACGGAACGAUAUGCCAAUAUCCGUACGAAGAAUGCUGUGGGAUUGAUGACUGUAAAAACGGGGGCGAUAUCUGUGUUAACCGAAACUGCAUUGAUGAUGGACACUUCCGAUUCACCCUCCAGUGGAUCGGUGACGACGACUACGACCUCUUUGUCGUCACUCCGGACGGUGCCGAGAUAUCCUACAGCAACCCAACGGAUCCGGCCAGUUUGGGAAAGCUUGGGGAGGAAAUGGUUCAAGAAAUAUAUGGCCACCACGUGGAAAAUAUUUAUUUCCCCGUUGAGGGUGGACCAACCGGGGUUUAUCGUUUUUAUGUUCGCCCAUUUUUCACGGUGGGAACUAGUGACGAAUGGACAAUAACGGUAGUCUUAGAUGGAGAAGUUGUUGUUACCGAGUCGGGAUUUGGUGCUUCGGAUUCGUUUUACUGCCGAAAGGAUCCCUCUCCUCCGACACUGUAUCCAACAAUUUCGCCGAUAAGCCUGUCYCCGACACAAAGUCCCGUCAAAACCGGUGCACCUACUGUAGCACUUCCAGCACCAACGAUUGUAACUCCGGUAGAACAUCCGAAUCGGCCUCCUCUUGGACAAGAACCCGAACCAGUACCGACUCCAAAACCGGUACCAGUACCUACGAAACAACCAGAACCAGUAUCAACUCCAAAACCAGUACCAGUACCAGUACCUACGAAACAACCAGAACCAGUACCAACCCCGAAACCAGUACCAGUACCAGUACCAACUGAACCGCCGAAUACUCUCACAUCAUUGCCUAUCGCCAUCAAUGAAACGUGCAAUCUGACGUCGGGAGACGAAUGCUGUGUGCUUUCGGACUGCCAAAAUCCCGAAGAAGUGUGUGAGCAAAGAACUUGUAUCAAAGAUGGAAAUCCGAGAUUCACGCUGAUUUGGAACGGAGACGAAGAUCUGCAUUUGUUCGUAAUCACUCCGGAUGGAGUCGAGAUUUCUGCCGACAACACCUUUGACGUGUUUUCGGGUGGUACAUACGAGCGCGGCAAUACUGAUAAAGUACAAUUACUGGGAUACCACGUCGAAAACAUCUAUUUUUCUAGUGGGGAGUCUCCAAGCGGUACCUACAAGUAUUUAGUCAGGUCGAGUACCGGUAGGAGUAUAGACAAGGACUCGUGGUCUGUAGAAAUUCACGACGGGGGAGAACUAGUUCACCAAGAGAAUGGCUCCGGAGAUUCCGUGACUUUCACUUAUUUCCGACCCAAAGAUGUCAAUGGGCCCCAAAGACCGGAUCAAGACGCUUCAAGAUGCAGUCUGGAAGAAGAAGAAUGCUGCAUUGACGCAGAUUGUGCAAAUGUUUCUGGGGAUAUAUGUAUUCAGAGAACAUGUAUUAGCGAGGGGUCCCUAAGAAUCAGUUUGGAAUGGACUGGAGACGAUGAUCUACUUCUAACGGUUAAAACUCCAGAAGACGUUGUUAUUUCCCAAGGUUCGGACUUUGAUGCUGGGUCAGGAGGCCGAUACGAGGGUUCCAAGCAGUCGACUUUUGGUUUCCAUGUUGAGAAUGUCUACUUUCCAAAAUCCGGUGCUCCAUCUGGUACCUACUUAAUCAACGUAGAUUCAUCGUCGGUCAAUGGAGUCGGAAAUGACAUUUGGACGGUGAGAAUCUAUGAGAACGGGAAAAAACUUUUUGAGGAGGUUGGAUUCGGGGGUUCGGGCGCGUUCAGUUACAAGACAGCAGCACAACCGGUUGUGCCAACACUAGCACCAAUACCCGCACCUGUGAUUCUUCCGACGGGCCCUUCUGUUUCCUGUACAACUGACUCCGAUUGUCUGGACGGUGCUCAAGUAUGUGUAGGGGAAGUUUGUAUCAACGAAGGAAGCCCAAGAUUUACUCUGCAAUGGCCUGGAGAGAGCCUGUAUAGUUUAACUGUGGUCACUCCAGGCGGCACGUACAUCUCUGCUUUUUCACCGUUUGAUCCAGAUUCCGGGGGUAUUUUUGAAGGACCAACGCAGCAACGCAUAUCUGGCGAUGAUGUAGAGAGUAUAUACUUUCCGAUGGAAAAGGGACCGCUCGGUUUAUACACUUAUUACGUUACGAACUCUGUUGUCGCAAGUUCCGAUGAAACUUGGACAGUGACCGUAUCCGUAAAUGGUGAAAAUCUKAUGACAAAAACGGGAUCUGGCAAAUCUGACGAAUUUACUUUUCAGUUUAUUGAAGCUGUUGAAGAUAAAGAGGCUGAAAUAGCGCAAGGGCGACAACGAUCACCAGUACCAGCACCACAGGAUCAGAAAGAAUGCGAUCAACUGAAAGCUGAGUGCUGUACAAAUACAGAUUGUUCCUCUGAUGAAAUGUGUUCGUUUGAUAUCUGCGUAAAAAAGGGGGCUCCACAAUUUUUACUGUCGUGGGAAGGAAACUACGAUGUUGCUCUUGCUAUCGUAACACCUCUUGGAACUGCAAUAUCAUGGGAAUACCCCCUUGAUGCGGACUCAGGGGGAAUUUUCGAAGAUCACGCCUAUUCCGAAGAAAACCGUCGAAUUGAGAAUAUAUAUUUUGCUCCAGAUGAAGGACCACUUGGAGUUUAUCCGUAUUACAUCCAUUCUUAUCAAACUGGGAGUGAUGAUGCUAAUUGGACACUUGGAAUUUACGUUGAUGGGGAAGAAGUUAGUACUGAAAGCGGAAAAGGCUCAUCCGAGGUACUGUUCUUCGACUACAAGGGCCUAGUAUUAGACGGACAGCAGGGUUCAGAGGAGGAGGUAUGCGACCCACUUGCGCUUCCUGAAGGUCAGUGUUGCUCGAGUAUAGAUUGCUUUCCGAAUGAAGCUUGCACCUCGAGAACCUGUGUUGACGAAGGCAAUCCUCGAUUUACGCUUUCGUGGGAGGGAGAAAAUGAUUUGGAUCUAGUUGUUGUGACUCCGCUUGGUGGAGUUAUAUCAUCGUUGAAUCUAGAGGAUCCAGAGAGCGGUGGUAAAUUUGGAGAGGAUUUUGAUCAAUUCGAGUCUGGGUUACAUGCAGAAAAUGUUUACUUUCCCAUGGAUGGGGGACCUGUAGGAGAGUACUCGAUUUAUGUACGUAGCUUUCUUUCUUCAAACGGUGUUGACGAUGAAUGGACAGUUGGGGUAUAUGUCAAAGGAGAAGAGCAACUUUCUGUCUCGGGGWCGGGGACUUCUGAACAGAUUACGUACACCUUUUUCCCACUAGUAUCAUAUGCGGGUUGAACUGUAUUGGAUGCUGGAACUAUCGGAUAGCAUAUGUAAAGCAUUAGUAAAAAAUCUGUAAAUUC